UGAAUGUCAUGAAUGUCAUAAAUCCACUGACGUCACUGACUUGAGCAGAUGUAAGUAGAAAUCGAGUAGUUAAGCACCUCUUAUAAAGUCGGCGUCUUUCAACACUUCCUACAAAUUUCAUACCUAGCUUUCUAUAGUUACUUCAAUCAAUAGUAGUAUCUCUUUCCAGCAAAUCACAACUAUAUCCCAACCGAAACACAGUUACACAAUGUCUUCACAAAACAACACUCAGCAGCCCUCUCUUAUCGGCGGCCACGCUGAAUACAUCAAGGGAGCCACAGAAUCAGCUAUCGGUAGCGCUACGGGCUCACAGGCCUGGACUAGCUCCGGAGAGCAAGCUAAGGCGCAUGCCGUAGAUACCAUGAAGACGGCCGGCGAGAAGCGCGAUCCGUCUCAAGGGUUCGGCAAGGUCGAGCAGAAGUUGGGUCAAGCCAUAGGUUGCGAAGGCAUGGUCAAAGAGGGGGCAGCUAGCAAGAAACCCGAAUAGGUGGAGAGGAUCAUUCACAUACCUACCAUAAACACUAUGUGGACACAAUAUCCAAUCAGUAACUUUGUAACAUGAUGUAUAUUAAUCUCAAGUGCGUUCUAGAUGUUCAUGCUAGUCUGGUGGAAACCUUCUCAAUAAUUGGUAUAUCAACCACGGUCAUUUUCAAGCAUACGUAAUUGGAGAGGUAUAAGAUUAUAUUGUCGG